UGAGCGUGCGGGGAGCCGCGAUGGAGCCUGGGGCGGCCGGGAGCGCCCAGGACCCCCCGCCGGUGUGGCCCCGAGCCCUUGGGGCAGGAGAGGGGGCGGCAGAGUCGUGGUGCCCACUGCGGGGCAUGGGGGCGCUGCUGGCUCACACUGGUUCCGGGAGAUGCACCCCACACUGCAGCCGUCGCUGUGCCUCGAAGUUUGGAGACUGAUUUGAAAAGUUGCGCCCGGGCUCCAGCAUCACGGCCAGGCCAGUUCUUCUCACUGUCGCCUUCUCCUCCGUGGGGUCCUGGCCCCACCAACACCCAUAGCUCCGCCUGUCCGGGGCAUGUGAGCCGCCGCCCCUGAAGCCGGGCGGGAGGCUCCGGCCCGGGCGCCUGCAGGCAGCGCACGGCCUAGGGGUGCGCCCCGGUCCCAGCCACGCUCGCCAUGGGCAUCCAGGGUAUGGAGCUGUGCGCCAUGGCCGUGGUAGUGCUGCUGUUCAUUGCUGUCCUCAAGCAGUUUGGCAUCUUGGAACCCAUGUCCAUGGAAGACAGCAGUGACAGUGAGCUGGAGUUGUCCACGGUGCGCCACCAGCCAGAGGGCUUGGACCAGCUGCAGGCCCUAACCAAGUUCACCAAGAAGGAGCUGCAGUCCCUUUACCGAGGCUUCAAGAAUGAGUGUCCCACGGGCCUGGUGGAUGAAGAGACCUUCAAACUCAUUUACUCACAGUUCUUUCCUCAGGGAGAUGCUACCACCUACGCCCACUUCCUCUUCAAUGCCUUCGAUGCUGAUGGGAAUGGGGCCAUCCACUUUGAGGACUUCGUGGUUGGGCUCUCCAUCCUGCUCCGAGGGACGGUCCACGAGAAGCUCAAGUGGGCCUUCAAUCUCUAUGACAUUAACAAGGAUGGUUACAUCACCAAAGAGGAGAUGCUGGCCAUCAUGAAAUCCAUCUACGACAUGAUGGGCCGCCACACCUACCCCAUCCUGCGGGAGGACGCACCCCUGGAGCAUGUGGAGAGGUUCUUCCAGAAAAUGGACAGGAACCAGGAUGGAGUGGUGACCAUUGACGAGUUUCUGGAGACCUGUCAGAAGGACGAGAACAUCAUGAACUCCAUGCAGCUGUUUGAGAAUGUCAUCUAGGACACAUGGGAGGGGACCCUGGGUGGUCAUUGCUUCUUAGCCUGGAGAAGCCUCAAUCCUGCCUCAGACAAGCGGCCUCUAUGAGAAACAUUUUUCUAAUAUAUUUGCAAAAGCUGAGCAGUUUACUCCCAAGACAGACACAGACACAGUCUAUCUCUCUCACACUAUCUCUCUCUCUCUCUCUCUCUCUCUCUCUCUCUCUCUCUCUCUCUCUCUCUCUCUCUCUCUAUCUCACACACACACACACAUACACACACUCUCACACACACAGAGUGGUUUCUCUGACUUGGCAGAGGAGGUGGCAGCCAGAAGGUACCCCUAGUUCUUCCAAGGUCAAUAAAUGGGACCGCCUCUGGGGGUCCCUUCUGUCCUUUCUACCACUUGGGAGACCAGGCUACUCCCUGCCCAUGGACCCAUGUUCCUAGGAAGCUCCCAGAAACCAUACAGGGGCCCAGAGGGAAGAGGUCUGAGCAGGGGAGAAAUAAUGAUAGAAGCUGAGCCUGCAGCUUCAUGCUGAUGCUCCUCUGGGGUCCUGGAUCAUGAGGGACCACUGGGCUACGUCCUUGAAGAACAGAGCAGGAUUGAGGUUUUUGGAGAAGCUGGGGGAACAAUUUGUCCACACUAUUGGGUGAUGGAACAUCAACUGGCCAAUGGAGAUGUGGUGGGCGGAGCUCUCACAGCGCCCAGCACCAGGCUGGCCUCUCCAAGGUACUCUUUGGUUCUGGUGGGGAGGAGUCACCUGGCUCAGGAACUAAUAACCAAGAAGCUGGACUGUAACGGGAAAGGCCUGGUAGAGGUAUUCCCCUCCUCUUCCCUGGCCACUUGCCAUCCAGUUCCUUGGCACGGCGGAUCAUUCACAGCUCUGUGGCUGCCCUUGAACAGGCUCAUCCCAACCCAACAAAAAGCACAAACACCCUAACAGCUCAGGCCAUGCUCACAAGGGGAGGCAGGGGCCCCUGACUUGGGGAGACCUGAGUCUCCUCAGCCCUGACUCAGUGGCGUGAGGAAGAUGCUCGGAAUCCAUCCUGUGUCUCAGAGCCUUGUGGUCUCAGAGCUCUUUCCCAGCCCAGCUCGCCAACAUUCUAAAGCACAAACCAAGGACUGUGCUUGCCUGGGCUACCCCCUGGGGAUGGGGGGCCAUGUCAGCUCUAAGUUGAAGCUAGCCAUGAGAGCUGGGGGCCUGUGACCAGGCAACAGGUUGGCAGACCCUCUGGAAGAGAGAGAGAGCUGCUCCUGCCUACCCAGGCCUCCCCCAUAAGGGACUAAGUCCCAGGCAGCAUGCUCCCCAAAGGAACAUUCCCACAGAGUACAUUCCAUCAACUGCAGCCCAGUCUCUGCUCAGGCCCAGCUCAGAGAGUCCAUGGGUGUUCCCCCAGAAGGUCAGCCUCCGGCUAACCUUUCCUAGAGGAAAGGCAGGGUGACCAUGGCCCCCAUACACAGGUGGAUCCCCUUCUCAGGGCUGCACUGACCCCAUCUCCAUCCUGACUGGGGGCCCCUUUACCCCAUAUAGAGGCCAUCAGCUUUCCCUGGCUCAGGGACCUCCCUCCUCCCCCAGCCUGGCCCCUCCCACUGGGGUUCCUACACCGGUGAGAAGCCUAGGCCAAGGGAGAAAGUUACUACUCAGCUCUAACCCACCCCACCCCUUAGCCUCUGGCUGCACGCCCAACCAGAAGGGGUCUGUCCCCCUUGCAGGGACACAGACUGGCCGCAUGUCUGCAUGGCAGAAGCGUCUCCCUUGAGUGCAGCCUGGGAGGGGGGUUCCUGUCUCAGGGGCCCACCAAUAUUCAGUCCUAUAUAUUUUA